AUGGUGCUCGUCUUCGUGAAGGGUGCAGACGGCAUCCUCCGUGCAGUCACUCUUGAGAGUGGGAGCGUAAUCAGCGAGGGCAUGGCUUUUAAUGAUGACAUCUCAGCACAUCCUGCUCGAAUUUGGGCAUUGCUGAAAACGAUGACCACGGAGAGAAUCAUCUGCGCCUGGAAGCAAAUUGCUUCCUGUUUCUCAGGUGUAAACCAUCCCGCCCCACCCAGCAUAGAGACCAACAAGCACAUCCUCAUCACGCGUUUCGUGGCCUUUUUCGAGGAGGUUAGGUUCGGAAAAAGCGGCCGACCUGGUGUGCGGACCGCAUCUCAAACGAGAAGCGUGUCUCCACUGGCCACCUUGGCAGAGGCUUCUCCGAAGAGCAGCCAGGAUGGUACAGAUGAAGUUGACAUCGAGCUGCGCUUUUUCGACGAUGGCAGGCAUUAUGACAUCAACGCUAUGCUCACAAUGCGAAAGGGGGAUCAGGAGACCAUGACAGCCAAGUUGCAGAAGUCGUCGUCUGACGCACUGUGCGAGUGCGUUUUCAGUCAUGGGGCCAAACUCAGCGCUGGCUCUUGGAUAGAAGCAGUCCAGAACAUGACUCUGCAGGAGCUAGAGAAGCUUCGAAGCAGCAUGACGAAGGAUGCGUCUUGCAAACCUGUUUCUGAAGUGGGAGGUUGCCUUCCGGCUCUACAGCAGCUAAGAAUGCUCCACGCCAAGGUUGAAGCAACCUUGCUUUUUGUGGAGGAUAUGCUCUGUGAGGACUUCGCGCUAACCUUCCAGGGCAGCCUCGUGAAACUGCGCGACGUGGUGUCCGAGAAGAUCGGACAGCUGAAAGCGACUGGAGUCCCCACAACAGUCCCUAGCGCCCCAGGGACGUCCAGUUCUCCAUUUCGCCGCUGCAAGUCACACGGGUAG